AUGGAGUUUCCAGGUAUGCAGGAGAGGAUGGUGGGAAGCGAGCAAGCGAGCGAGGUGAAGAGCCCAGCUCGGAGGAGUACAGAGUACAGCAAACCUAUUGGCGACCGGAGCACUUCGGAGAAGUACCAGGUUCAACCCGAGCCAAGGUCUAGGCUGGGCAGCCGUAUCGCAUCGUGGCGUGGAUUUCUCUGGCGUGGAGGUUGCAAGGGGGACUGA